CGGGGCCGCCUCUUCCGCCCCGCCCCGCCCGCGAUGGCGGCGGCGCCGCCGCUCCUCUGCUUCGGGGUCAUCGCCGACAUCCAGUACGCGGACGCGGAGGACGGCUACGACUUCGGCGGGUGCCGGCGGCGGUAUUACCGGCAGAGCCUCGGCCUGCUGCGGGACGCCGUGGAAGCGUGGGCCGCCGAGAGGCCGCCGCUCGCCUUCGUGCUGCAGCUGGGCGACAGCAUCGACGGCCUCAACGCGCGGCACGGCGCGGCCGAGGCCGCCCUGGAGCGGGUGCUGGCGGUGCUGGGGCGGCUGCCGGUGCCGGUGCACCACGCCUGGGGCAACCACGAGCUCUACAACUUCAGCCGGGCCCGCCUAGCGCGCAGCGGCCUCUCGGCGGCGGUGGCCAGGCCGCCGGGCAGGGACUGCCAGGCCUGUCACUGCAGCCCGGCCGGGGACAACCAGGCCUGUCACUGCAGCCCAGUCGGGGACAACCAGGCCUGUCACUUCAGCCCGGCCGGGGACUGCCAGGCCUAUCACUUCAGCCCGGCCGUGCGGGUCCGUGUUGUCGUGCUCGACGCCUACGACCUGAGCAUCCUGGGCAGGGAGCCGGACAGCCCCCGGUACCAGGAGUCCCUGAGGCUGCUGCGGGAGAAGAACCCCAACGACAACCUCAACAGCCCUGCAGGACUCGAAGAACCUCAGUUUGUGGAGUUUAAUGGAGGAUUUAGCCAAGCCCAGCUGGACUGGUUCAAUGAAGUCCUCAAGUUCUCUGAUGAAAACCAAGAAAAAGUUGUAGUUAUGGGUCAUCUGCCCAUUCACCCAGAUGCUUCAGACAGAGUUUGCCUAGCCUGGAAUUACAAAGAUGCCCUUUCGGUCAUCUACUCUCAUCGGUGCGUGGUCUGCUUUCUUGCAGGGCACCUGCACGAUGGUGGAUAUUGUUUAGACUCUCACGGAGUUCAUCAUCUAACUUUGGAGGGGGUUAUUGAAACUCCACCAGAAAGCAAUGCCUUUGGAACCAUUUAUGUCUACGAAGAUAAAAUGAUACUAAAGGGAAGGGGCAGAAUUUCAGGCAGAGUUAUGCAUUUCCGAAAAUGGUAACAAAACACAAAUCACUCUUCUUCAGGAAGUACUUGGACAAAAAAGCAGGGGAUUCAGCUUCUUUGCUUGUAGAAACAUGUGCAUGGCUGAUCCUUAUAGCUUUAACGGAAACUUUUCUCCUGGAUACAGAAUUUUAGGAAUUAUAUUUCUGUAAAAAAGCAGACCUAGUUUCUUUGUGGAGAACAGAGGCGGCCAGCAGCUGUAUUUGAAAUAAAUAUACGUGAAUGCAGAAUAUUGACUUGAAACACCCAAUCCUGACCUUACUGUGACUUUCACAGCAAGUAUUACUUUACGUGAAAAAAUGCAAGCCAUAUUAUGAAUAUUGUCCAAUAAAGCCCCUUUUUUAUAUCAGUCAGAAUUAAAGCAUGCAGAAUUGUAGCUGCCCAGCCGCAUUUCAAUAUUUUUUUGUUGUUUAACAUCAUAGUCAGUAAUGUCUCGUGUCUGGCAGAAUUAGUCCACCCUGUAGCCUAAUGCAGUCAUUUUAACAUUGCUUUAAAAGACUGAAGUAAUCCUUAAGAAAAGCUAAGCCCAAGGAAAAACGAGACCAUCUGUGCUACAUUGCAUAAUGCUGCAGAUACACCCGCUAGGAUCUAUGUGUGCACAGCUGUAUUAGCCUGUAGCAGUACUGAGUGAAGAAGCCCUGACAUGGAAGGAUCUAAAGCAUCUUGCUGUGCUGCAUCUGGACCCGUCUGUCUCCCGGCUAGCUUGUGUGUCCAGUGUAUUUACCUUCCUUCUCCAGGAUUAGUAGCAGUGGAACACGCUUACUGUUGCUGGGCUGCUGUGUGUAAUUCUGUGAGAAGUGGAGUUGUGAUACUGACCACAUCUGCUGGUGGCAGUCUUGAGUACUCAUCUCGCAGAACGAUGAUGUAAGAUACAGAAGCUUUCACUGAGUUUUCUUUAGAAAAAAUAGUGUUUAUUACUCUAAAGCCAGAAAUUUUCAGUUAAAGAUAAUAGCAAAAAUACUUCUUCAAAUAUAUUCUACAUAUGAUUUUAACAUAGGAACAUAAAUACAGACUGCUCAGUUUUUCAGUUAGUCUCAAUGGUCUAUCCAGGCAGACAUCGGAGAGUUUUAUGGCUGUAAAUAGUCAUGUAUUGCAACAAAGUGUUUGCUUUGCUUUCCCCUUACAUUAGACAACAGUAGCUUUCCUGAAGUAUGAGGUGGUUGGAGAGUGAUCCAGGGAUGCCAUUGAAUAUACCGUUUGAACACACAGUAGUUCAAUGGUGUUUUGAAAAUGUGUGAAGCAGCCAGCUGAAGAACAGUUCCCGUAGAAAAAUUUUUCCACUCAGAUUUGACAGUGUUCCUCAAUUUUUUAAACAAAUCUCAGACUGCACUGCUGGAAGCAGCUAGGCAUUCUUGGGUUCUAUCAAACUGAUAGUAACCUUUCAUUAAGAACCAAAAGCAAAGGCAGGUAAGGUCAGAAUAUUUAUUCUGUACUUUCUCUCACCCAAUUAAAUCACCGUUUUACAGUG